AUGGGUUCUAGACGCUCCUGCGAUGAUCAUUCUACUCAGUCUUCCAAUUAUGACUUUGACGAAGAGUAUAAUUACAGGACAGCACAGAGCGCUUCUCAAUUAUCUUUAACGACAAAAUAUUCUAAUUCACUGGAUAGUCAAAGUCGAGUACUGACAAGAUCAGUCGGAAAAAAAGAGCGAAAAAAGAAAAAGUCAUCUUCACUAUCACUGGAUAAAGAAAACACGAAUGCUUUAAAACUGAUUAAAAAAUUUUCAGAUGAGAAUUCAGCAAUAAUAGUACGGAAAAAAUUGAAUGAACUUACUAAACACCACCAAUCUGAAGAGCGAAUACUAUAUUCCAAUUAUGAAUUCACACAUACAAACAGAAGAUUAAUUGAUCAAGACGCUUACAGAAAAAACGGUUUCAGUGAAGAAAUUUCAGAGGAUAUUAGUGACACCGACCUAAAUAAAAACGUCGAACGACAUAUAUCAAUUGAGAAUUUGACACAACAAAUUCCAGCCGCACUACCUUUGGUGCCAACAUCAAAACAGUUAUCAUACGAAAGACCGCCAGUGUUACAAAAAUAUUUGGAACAUGGAAGUGCCACUACUUCUCUCAUUCCUUUCUCGAUCAACCCUGCUAUUUUUCUUUCAUCUCAAACACCCAAAGCCUUUAUGCCUACACGGUACAGUACACCAGUUGAAAAUCAUACUCUAGUCGAUGAAUUUGAAUUACGUUGGCGAUCGCCGAGGAAAUCCGAAGAUUAUAUUAAUUUAAAUAAAUUUGAACUUGUGAAGACACUCGGUGCUGGCUCAUUCGGCCGUGUUUUACUCGUUAUCUUGGAACCGAUGAAAUCUGAAUAUGCUCUAAAAGUAUUGGACAAAGUAAAAAUUGUCAAGAAUAAACAAAUUGAACAGUUGAGAAGUGAAAUUAGAAUUCUCUUCGCUAUCAGUCAUCCAUUGUGUGUCGCGUUGUACAGUUUAUUCAAGGAUAAUUCGUAUAUCUAUUUAUUAAUGGAGUAUCUAACCGAUUUUGGAUUUGCUAAAAGAAUUCAAACCCGAACAUAUACACUAUGCGGCACACCCGAUUAUUUUUGUCCAGAAAUCAUUAAAUCCAAAGGUCAUGGCAAAGGAGUAGACUGGUGGACCUUGGGCAUAUUAAUCUACGAAAUGUGUAGCGGUAAUCCUCCGUUCAAAGGACAAAAUGAAGUAGCAUUAUAUGAAUCGGUAUGUCGAAAGAAACCUGUCAUACUUUCAAGUUUUAGUUCAACGUUAAAAGAUAUCAUUCUUCAAUUACUUCAAAAAGAUCCAACACAGCGUCUAGGAUGUUUGGCUCGUGGGACAUUAGAUGUUAAAGAACAUGGGUGGUUCUCUAAAGUAGAUUUUGUAUCGAUUUACACACAACAAAUGAGCUCACCGUUCAAAAAAAAUGUUAUUGUUAAAUCUAUUAGUGAACAUCGUCGUCGAGCACGUAGUACAAAAGAAAAGCCAUUGGUGAUAUCGCACAAAGAUACGUAUGCAGAUGAUUUUAAAGACUUUUGA